CGUCGUUGCCUUCCACGUCUCGGCAGGCAGCAGGUACGUGUCGCCACACAGCUUCCUCUAUCCAUGCAGCAGCACACAGGCUCAGCUCCCCUCCCUCUUCCUUCCUGAUGAUACGGAGGCGUCCACAUCCAUUAUCGCGCUCAGGCUCGUGCCGCUCGUGGUCGUACGCUGCAGCAGGCGAUCGGAGCAAACUAAGAAGCGAACAGGCCGCCCGUCGACGCCAUGGCGCCGGAUCUGGUGAACGGCGUGCUCAACUGGGUGGGGACGCCGGCCAUGGUGGCCAGCCUGCUGCUCUUCUACCCGCCCUACUAUCUCUUCAAGACAUGCUACUCCUUCCUUUCCUGGCUCUUCCCCGAGGACCUCGCCGGCAAGGUCGUCCUCAUCACUGGCGCUUCCUCCGGCAUCGGCGAGCAACUGGCCUACCAGUACGCGCUGAAUCGGGCGUCCCUCGCCCUCGUCGCGAGAAGGGAGUCGAGCCUCCGGCACGUCGCCGACCGAGCACUCGAGCUCGGCGCGCGCGACGUCGUCGUCCUCCCAGGCGACGUCUCCACCCCCGACGACUGCGACAGGUUCGUUCGGACCGCGAUCAGUCACUACGACCGAUUGGACCAUCUCGUGUGCAAUGCUGGCGUCGCGAGCGUCGGCGCGUUCGAGGAGAUCCCGGACGUCACCAGCUACAGCUCCCAGCUUGACGUCAAUUUCUGGGGUUCCGUUCAAACAACCUUCGCUGCCCUGCCUCACCUGAAGAGGAGCCGAGGAAGAAUCGUGGUGACGGCAUCUGCGACCGGAUGGAACCCAGUUCCUAGAAUGAGCAUCUACAACGCUGCCAACGCUGCGCUCAUCAACUUCUUCGAGACGCUGCGGACCGAGCUAGGGAACCAGGUCGGGAUCACGGUGGUGACGCCCGGGUGGGUGGAGUCCGAGAUGUCCAGAGGGAAGUUCCUCAAGGAGCACGGCCAAGUGGAGGUCGAUCAAGAGAUGCGCGACGCUCAGAUCGGCCUGUUCCCGGUGGAGUACGCCAAGAACUGCGCCAAGGCCAUGGUGCAGGCGGCGCGGCAAGGCGAGCGGUACCUCACCGUGCCGGCGUGGUUCGGGGCGAUGUACCUGUGGCGGCUGUUCGCGCCGGAGGUGGUGGAGGCCUGCUACCGCCUCCUGUACAUGCACGGCCAUGGCGCCAGGCAGGCCGACGCGCCCAGCAGGACCAUGGCCGAGGCGGGUGGCAAGCAGCUGCUGUACCCGACCUCGCUGCGCUCUGACGAGAUUAAGGAGUGACCAAACUGCCAACUGGUGUGUGUGUGUGUGUGUUUGUGUGUGCAGCAGAGCUCUCAGAACACCUGGGGUCAUGUUUAAUAUGUGCUAGCUGUGUGCCUUGACAAUGAAUAAGCUGCUGCUCUCUCUUUUGCAUAGUUUAAAUCUACAGUUCUGUAGUCGAUAUAAUUGUUUUGUUUGAAGCUGUUGAAGUCUACAAUUCUGCAGUUGAUAAUUGUUUUGUA